CUCGCUGUUAUUUUGUUUUUCUUGUUUCUAGGCAACUGAUUACCGUGAGCGGGACCGUCCCACUAUCAUCAUCAUCAUCAUCAUCAAGGCAAUGACUAAGAUAUAUACAGUAAUGUGCAAUAGUCUUAGGGCACCACCAGAUUUGAUAUUUUUAUGUCUGUAACAUUCUGUUUUCACUGACAUUAUAACUGGAAUUAUGUGACUGAAAGUUGCUCUCGUAUACUAGCCAGCUGUUAACGUAAUGCUCAUGUCUUGAACCUGGUGUUCCAACAGCAAUAGGUGCACAAACAUGUACGUGUGUGAUUUACUUAUUUUUGUGACCUCUUUGGGACAUUUUCAGUAGUAACCAUUGUAUCCCCAUUGAAUGGAAAUCAAUACAAUGUCCAUGUAUGCGUAGGAACUGUAAUCACACGGGCGAAGUCGGAUUAUUUUGAGGAUGCACGCGUUCCGGAAGUUGUCUUUGAACAUGCUCCAAAACGCACUUGCCAAGACUUCAGAUGAAGAAUAUCGUUUGAAAUUAUUUAUUUCGGGCUUUUUUGAAAGGAACCACGUAGGUCGUGGACGUCAUAGUCACGAGACAUGAAACUUAAAGAGUUGGAGAGUUGCCUACAGCAAGUAGACGUAUUUGAAGAACCAAAAAUCCUUCUUGAGCAAUACCCAACCAGUCCGCAUAUUGCAGCAUGCAUGCUUUACACAAUCCACAGUACCUUCGAUGACAUUGAAGGGAGACUAGUGGCAGAUCUGGGAUGUGGCUGUGGCGUCCUCAGCAUCGGGGCUGCGAUGCUUGAUGCAGGACUCUGCAUUGGCUUCGACAUCGAUGAUGAUGCAUUGGACAUAUUCAGAAGGAAUGUAGAGGAAUUUGAGAUUUCUAACGUGGACAUGGUUCAGUGUGAUCUGUGUUCUCUUGAGCCAGAUGCUUAUGGUGAAAAAUUUGAUACCGUAAUCAUGAAUCCACCAUUUGGGACAAAACAUAAUCAAGGAAUGGAUAUGAAGUUCCUAAAAGCUGCACUAACAAUGGCAAAGACAGCAGUGUACUCCCUUCAUAAAACAUCAACACGAGAGCACAUACAGAAGAAAGCAAACGACUGGGGAGUGAAGAUGGAGGUAAUAGCAGAACUCAGAUAUGACUUGCCAGCAUCAUACAAGUUCCACAAAAAGAAAUCAGUUGACAUCCAGGUGGAUUUCCUAAGAUUCUCCAAAGCCUGAAGCUUUCACCGGAAUGGAUUUAAGUU